UAUCCAUCAAAUGGGUUCAAAUUAAUUUAACCUUUUUCAUACCUCAUUCAUACGUAUUUGUUGCUUUUUCACUCUUUGUUUUUGUUUUUACCUUUGUUGUUCUGGAUUCUGCUUGCUGGUGGCAGCAGAUGGGUUUCAUUUUGUAGCUUUCCUCUCCUCUCUCUCUCUCUCUCUCUCUCUCUUUCUUUUGCCCUGCGUCUCUGGCGGAUAACCCGGCAGACUAGAUGGAAGUGGGAACUGAUUUUCGGCAUUGGGACGAAUUAAUACCAGAUGCUUUGGGUCUGAUUUUCAGCAACCUUACUCUCCAGGAUCUACUAACAGUGAUCCCAAGGGUUUGCCAAUCCUGGAGCAAGGUAGUGAUGGGGCCUUACUGUUGGCAAGAGAUAGACAUUGAGGAAUGGAGUAAUAGAUGCCGGCCUCAGCACCUUGAUCGUAUGCUUCAAAUGCUGAUUACAAGAAGUUGUGGAUCGCUCCGAAAGCUCUGUGUUUCUGGCCUCCAAAAUGACAUGAUCUUCUCCUACAUCACUGAACAUGCUGGUUCUCUUCAGACCUUGAGACUGCCAAGAAGUGAAAUAGGUGAUUCAAUAGUAGAACAGACAGCUGGAAGGCUUUCUACUAUCACUUUCUUGGAUCUUAGCUACUGUGGCAAAAUUGGUUCUCGGGCUUUAGAGGCAAUCGGAAAGAACUGUAAAUUGCUCGUGGGGUUGUGCCGGAACAUGCACCCAUUGGAUACAGCGGGCAAGCCCUUGAUGGAUGAGGAGGCUCAUGCCAUUGCCACCACAAUGCCUAGGCUGAAGCACCUUGAGAUGGCAUACCAUCUUAUCAGCACAAAAAGCGCUCUUCAAAUACUCUCAAGCUGCACCGAGCUCGAGUUUUUGGAUUUGAGAGGGUGUUGGGAUGUUCAACUUGAGGACAAGUUCCUCAAGGAAAAGUACCCAAAAUUGAAGGUUUUAGGGCCUCUUAUUCUGGACUACUAUGAGAGGAAUGAGUGGGAAGAUUGCUCCGAUUUCUCGGAUGCUUCUGAGUAUUUGGCCUGGGAAUUUGUGGCUGGUGAAUUGGAGGAUUACUAUGAUGAUGAUGAUGAUGAUGUGAGUUAUGAUGGGAUGUGGGAUGAUGAGGGAAGGCUGGAGGAGCUUGAGCUGAGGUUCUAUGAAGGAAUUGAUCAGAAUGGGGAUGCAGUGUAUGGAGGGCAUGGUUGGCCUCCAUCUCCUUAAUAAAGUUGUGUUUUUUUCAAAAUUUUCAAACUGUUUGCUUUCUCUGUUUUCUAGCAUUUCCUUGAUGCUUCUGUGUUGAACUUACUAUAUCUUUUUAUGGAUAUAUAUAUAAUCUGUUAAUGGAAAAUGAAAAAGCAUGGUUUGUUUAGUCUCA